AUGGACAACCCUCUCGCGUCGGCGCACUGGCUGCAGAACUUGGCGCUGCUGGCAAGUGGCAGCGGCGUGGGCGCGGUGGGCGGCGUGGGCUCGGUGGCGGGCGGGCUGUAUGGGCAGAACAUGGUGAUGGGCUCGUGGUGCGCGCCCUACGAUGCGCUGCAGCGUCCGCCUGCGUACGAUGGCGUGCUGGAGGUGUACGAGGAGGGGCGCGAGUGCGUGAACUGCGGCGCCAACAACACGCCGCUGUGGCGCCGCGACGCUACCGGCCACUACCUGUGCAACGCGUGCGGGCUCUACCACAAGAUCAACGGCGUCAACCGCCCGCUCGUCAAGCCGAGCAAACGGCUGUCGGCGGCGCGGCGCCACGGCCAGUGCUGCACCAACUGCGGGUCGCGCAACACCACGCUGUGGCGACGCAACAACGACGGCGAGCCCGUCUGCAACGCCUGCGGACUCUACUACAAGCUGCACGGCAUUAACAGACCGUUGGCGAUGAGAAAAGAUGGAAUACAGACGAGAAAACGAAAACCGAAGAAGUCUUCGAAUGGGGUGAAGCCUCCACAAGAAACUCCCAAGAAAGAUGGCCAAAACUCUCCUGGCAUAGACGAAACCAAGCCUAGUAUAGCCGAAGUGCCUCUACCAUUGACUGCGUCCAUGUCGGGCCACUCGAACAAGCCGGUGCGCGAGGGUCCCACGCCUUCCCCACACACGCACGCCCACGCGCACGCCCACGCCCACGCUCACGCGCACGCGCAGAACUCGCAGUACCCCGCGCUGGGCAUCCCCUCCACCCCCGCCUUCCUCUCCAACCCCUCGUUAUUCAACAUCAAGAGCGAACCGAACUCGGCCGCGAGCUACGAGGGCUACGGGACGCAUUCCAGCUCGAACGGCCCCUACCACUCGCAGCAACAUUACUUACACGCCUUGCAACAUUAUGGACUGAGCAAUGGCGAAGAAGAAGAGGGUAGCGGGUUCCUCCACCAGCGCAACGUGACCGCGCACGCCAAGCUCAUGGCCUCAACG